GUUAUAUUACUCGAUUGUUAUUUGGAGAGAAAAGAAGGUUUUAUUUUAGGGAGAGAGAGAGACGACCGGCAGAAAGGAAAGCAAAGAAUGGCGUCGUCAAGAGGAGGACAACAAGUGAUUAGAGGAGGGGACAUGGAGAAGAUGAGCUUGGAACAGCUCAAAGCAGUGAAAGAACAAGCAGAUAUUGAAGUCAAUCUCUUACAAGACAGCCUUAACAACAUCCGCACCGCCACCGCUCGCCUCGAGAUCGCCUCCACCGCUCUCAAUGACCUUUCCCUUCGCCCCCAAGGGAAGAAAAUGUUGGUUCCCCUUACUGCUUCGCUCUAUGUUCACGGCACCCUCGACGAUUCCGAAAAGGUUCUCGUUGAUAUUGGCACCGGAUACUUCGUUGAGAAAACGAUGGCUGAAGGCAAAGAUUAUUGCGAGCGUAAGAUCAACUUACUGAAAUCCAAUUUCGACCAACUUAUUGAGGUUGCAUCUAAGAAGAAAACAUUAGCAGAUGAAGCUGGAGUAAUUUUACAAACAAAAUUGAAGCAGUUAUCUCCUUCAAGUUAGGAAUUCUGUGACCUCUGCAGUCUUUCAUUAUCAUUAAGUUCUAAAGAUUGUUGUAAAAGGACUCUUAGAACUUAGUUGCUGGUGAUGUCAACUUUAUCUUCUUAGUGAUUUUGUUUUGAAUGGAGAUUAGGGACAAUGAUCUUCCCACCAUUUUAUGUUGACAAGAAAUUCCAUUCGUACUUUAAAGAGAUUAAUGUUCUUGUUUAGAGGUGCAUACUUUUCUAUUUCUAACAAUUUGUACUUAAUGAAUUUCUGAAUGCUUUGUGAUGUUAAAUGAGAAGUUAUGUUGGUUGGAUUGCUA